AUGGCUUCCAACAACCAAGAACCGUCCGCAACAACUCCCCACUACUCAGAGAACCCCUCGGCCUUCCCAAUGGAAGGAGGUUGCUGCUGCGGCCAUGUCAGGUACUCUGUCGAUCAGGCCCCGAUGGCCUCCCACAGCUGCCACUGCACUGCCUGCCAGCGUGAGACGGGCUCGGCCUUCUCGCCCAACAUCAUCAUCGAGGCGUCGAGCGUGACGCGCCUGGCACCAGCAGCCCCAACGAUGCCCGCCCACCGCGGCGCACCAGACACGCUACCACCGGCCGGGCCCGCUCCCGCUCCCGCUCCCGCUCCAGCACCCAGCGCCGGAGGAAACGACGACACCCCACCCGACGACCUGCUCCGCGUAGCCAUCCCGUCCGAGUCCGGGGCCGGUCAGACCAUCGUGCGGUGCCCCCGGUGCCUCGCGGCGGUGUGGAGCGAGUACGCGUUCGGCCCGGCGGUCAGGUUCGUCAAGAGCGGCACGCUGGACCGCGCUUGGCUGGUCGAGCCGGACCUGCACAUCUACGUGCGCAGCAAGCGGCCCUUUGUGGAGAUCAGCGACGGGAAGCCGCAGUUCCAGGAGUACUACGACCGCUCCCAGGUCUGGAGGCCUGAGGGGCUCGAGAGGUGGGCCAGGGUCAUGGUCGAGGUCGAAAGGUACUGGGCGAGUUGCAAGGCGGGCUAG